AUGGCUUCUGUGCCAUCUUACCAAUUGAAGCCUUUCCAGUAUGCUAGUCAAAAAGAGAUUUCACUGGAGGACAAGGAGUUUAUUUUGAGGAUUAUGAAGAUGGACCCCAGGGAUAGGCCGACAGCAAAAGAGCUUCUUGAAGAUGAGUGGUUUAAUGGAGUUGAAUAA